AUGGGCAAUGGAGUGUGCUGGUUUGGUGGAGUCGUACAAAGCAAGAACGAUUGGCCUUUUUACAUAUUCUUCGUGAUACCAGUGACUUUGAUAACUGUUGUGAACUUGGUGCUGUUGUUGCUGACUGCAGUGCACUGUGUGCGUGUCAAACCAGUAGCACAGCAACUGCAUGCUGGUUCAGAAAAAGAUGCUUUUGCACGUCGUUAUCGGAUGUAUAAAGAAAAUUUCCAGUUGACUGUGAAGCUCUUUGUACUAAUAAGUAGUACUUUGUUAAUUCUAACAAUCUUGUCAAUUCUAACAAUGUUGAGUUCCGGUAGAAAGGUACCUGUGGUGAUAUUAAUAAUUGACUAUUUGAACGAACUCCAUGGAUUGUGGUUAUUCAUUAUUCUAGUUUUCAAACCAAAAAAGAUUUACAAUUACAUCAGACGGAAACUUGGACUGAAGAAAUCAAACGAAAUAAGUAAUGAUACGUUAUCAUCGCAGGCAGUCUCUACAAACAUUUCAAUGACGAGUGUAGUAACAUCGAUAUCGAAUUCUACAAUUCCAGCAACUUCACCGAAUACAGAAAUGAAAGAAGAACGAUAA